AUGUAUCACAAAGCGUCAUUCAUGGACGAUGUGACCAAUGACCGGGUACCUCAUAUAGUGCUCUAUGCUAUCUUUGCGCUUGCCGCAAGAUUCUCUACCGACGAGUUCUUUGACGGAACUGAUCCGAGAGAGAGGGGCGAGGUCUACCGUGCAUCAAGCGAGAAGCUCUUCAGUAUCCGCGAGCUCACCCCUGUAACGGUUCAGGUAUGCGUUUUGCUGGGAGCAUAUGCCGCUGCGAGUGGCGAGACAGACGUCGAGAACCUAUACUACAGUAUGGGCGGAAGGCUAGCUCUAGCCCUUGAUCUUCCCAAUCGUCCGGUCACAAGCCUGGUGGAACGCGAAGUCAACACCAGAACUUGGUGGACUCUAUGUAUGGUUGAUGUCUGGUCAUCCACAGCCGUGAGACUACCACGUAUCAUGCCAUUCGAUAGCGCUGUGCCCCUUCCAGUGGAUGAGAUACCGUUCUCCGUAAUGAAUAACGAUCUAAGGGGAGACUUCAGCGACCAAACGCCGUACCUCAACUCUCCCCUCCUUGCUGAAAUGGUAAAGCUCAAUCGGAUUCUGGCGAGAAUCAUCGACUUCAAUCGAGUGUGUGUAUCAGAACACCUCGAAGGACCACCACUUGAAAGAGGCAUACGAGAACUUUCUCGCGAUCUCGACGUCUGGUUAGAGGAAAUCCCGCACCAGAUGCGUGAUACGCCAGCAAAUCUCGAAGCCUUCGCAUCGCGUGGCCUUGGCCGAAUGUUUAUAGCUGUGUAUCUUGGCUAUUAUCAUUACGGGCUGCUUCUCAACUACCAAUUUUUGUCUUCGUCAGUUGACGCGCCAACCGACUCUGCAAAAUAUGCUGACGCCUGCAAGCAACAUGCAGCCCGACUAUGCGCCCUCGUCUAUCGCUCGCAUUCUACACCUGGUAAUGAAGUUUUGUAUUCAGCAGUUUCACACAUUCUCGUCGUUGCUUCCACUGUCCAGAUCCAUACCCUACUCUUUUCUGGCGACGAGGGUGAGAUACGUAUAUCGAAGUCCAGGUUGGAGCGCAACUUUGAGAUACUCUUGCGUCUGAAAACGUAUUGGCCAAGUGUUGACGGCGCGAUGAGUCGUCUACGGGCGUUCCAUCAAACUUGUCUCCGAAGCAAAGAGACGAGCUUCGUUCUUGAUCGAUGGUUGCUGCGCUUUCUGGUGCAGUUCGCACCUCAUAUGGAGCUCGAGCCGAGGGACAAUGAUCCUGAGUACGAAGCACUACUCGCCAGCGUUCUGCUGGUGACGACGCUGCUGGGUAGCGCAACUGCCAUUAACAAUGGUCUCGCUACCACACCACCAAUGGGCUGGAACAAUUGGAACGCCUUUGGAUGCGACGUCUCCGAAGACCUUCUCCUUACGACCUCUUCACAAAUCCUAAGCCUAGGAUUGCGAGAUCUGGGUUACAACUAUGUCGUGCUGGACGACUGUUGGCAAGAUCCAAAAGGUCGGGAUGAGAACGGAAAACUCCAUCCAGCCCUUGACAAGUUCCCCAACGGCUUGAACUCCAUCUCAGAUCAUCUGCAUAGUCAAGACCUCAAGUUCGGCAUGUACAGCAGCGCCGGUGAGAUGACAUGUGCGAGGUUCGAGGGGUCACUAGACCAUGAGGUUGACGAUGCAAAAAGCUUUGCAGGUUGGGGUGUCGACAUGUUGAAGUAUGACAGCUGCUAUCAUAUGGGUCGCGUUGGCACACCAUCAGUGUCGUUCAACCGCUUCAAGACCAUGUCUGAUGCUCUGAAAGCGACAGGAAAGAACAUUCUCCUCAAUUUGUGCAACUGGGGAGAGGAUCUUGUUCACACCUGGGGAAUGAGUAUAUCUAACAGCUGGCGCAUCACAGGUGAUAUCUACGACUCUUUCACGCGUCCUGAUGACCUCUGUGGAUGCAACAGUUUGUCACCCGGCGAUGUUAACUGCGUAGCACCAGGUACACAUUGCUCGGUACUGUUCAUUCUCAACAAAGUCGCCCCUUUUGCCGACCGUAGCAUUCCUGGGGGUUGGAGCGAUCUGGACAUGCUUGAAGUCGGUCAAGGCGGCAUGACCGACGAAGAAUACAAAGCACACUUUGCGCUCUGGGCCGCGCUCAAAUCUCCGCUGUUCCUUGGUAACGAUCUGCGUAAUAUGCCAGCUUCUGCUCUUACCAUCAUCAACAACCCUGCCAUCAUCGCGCUUAGCCAGGAUCCCCAUGGGCGAAGUGUAACACGCGUUAGAAGGGACACGGAAGGUGUAGCGAAAGAUGAGUGGGGUAUUGGUGAGACACACGUCUGGGCUGGACAUCUCCAGAAUGGAGACGAGGCCGUGAUACUCCUUAACGCUGGUGGCAAGGACAUGGAGAUGAGCGUCUCACUGGCCGAGAUAUUCAUACCAUACGGACCCGGUGGAUCAGCACCGCACGUGAAGUAUGAUUGGGCAGUACACGACCUCUGGGCUCAUCGCAUGCCUGAAGCUACUGCCGAAGAACUACUCAGCGCAGAUACUCAUGUGCAGAGAGAAUCCAUUCUCUCAAAGGCCAAUUGGUACAAUGCUACUGAGAUCCCUUACGCCAAAGGCCUCGCUCAAGAGGAUGCGCGACUAUUUGGAGAGAAGAUUGGUGUAGUUGAAGCUGGUGGAAUGCUCAAGGCAGACGUUAAGAGUCACGCUGCACGAGUUCUACGUCUACGUAGAGUUAAAAAGGAGGGAGAUGCAUUCGAGGCAAAGAGUAUCUCGAGAGAAGAUGGCAACGAAAGGGACGAAUUGUAA